UCACUGGCUUCAUGCUACUCUCAGCCAUGAAAUAAAGCGGCUCCUUAUUACGACCGUGACAUCCACGCUGGAGUCCUUAAAUCUGUUCAGCCUUCUUUUUCUUGGGUUUCCUAAUUCUAUAAAAUACGCGUGUCUUGUCUCCGUGAUAUUGGAUAUUAACCCUGAAGAUUUAACUUACCGAGCUGGAUGGGAAUGUAAAGCAGCACCAUUGUUUUAAUGAAGUUGGAUCCAGCUUGAAAAGAAACCAAAAUUCAACAAAACCGCAACAGAUUCUUUGGGAUCUCCUACCAUUUAAUCAACAAUUUGCGAUCAGAUUUUGGAAAUAACUGCCAGAUUUUUACGUUUUUCCACUGUCGUUGACAUUUACAUUCAGUCUUUUUCUGUCUGAUAACGUUACUGGUUUGUUUGCCAUUAUGUAACGUUAACGUUAACUUAAAAGUUCUGCAUUGACAAAUCUGCAUUUGGCUGCCUAACAUUAGUCUAAUAGUCAUGUGUAUUGCAAAUAUUAUCUUAUUUGAUUAAUAUUAUUGGAUAGACACUAUAACGUUACAUAUCUGCAGUUUACUCAGUUUAAACCACCAUUUAAAUAGUUCAGGUAUAUUUUAAAUGCAACUUUUUUUUUUUAAAACGUCCAUGUUUAAGCAAAAUGUGGUAACUUAGUUAGACUGUCACAGCCAGGCAUGAAUUAUUUAAACGCUGCUUACUUAUUAGUUGCUUGGUUUCCUGCUGGACAAAAGUCUUGACAUUUGCAGUUUGACCCAGUGUGAAUGUGACAGGAAUCCAGGAGGGAGUUGGCUUUGCUCUCGACUCUGUUUUUGAUCCAGUUAAAACUCCAGCUGUCAAGACAUUCCAAUAAACUUUUCUCAUACAUUAUUAAAACGACAAUGUUUUUACUGUGCCGUUCAAAACGCAGAAAAGCAACCCAUUAAGGACGAUGCUGACCAUUUUUGGACACGACAAGCUAUCACGAAUUAUCCGGGACUCCGGUGACAGGCAUAUCUAGAUGAGUUUUAUUUUAUGAACUCGAGGCUGCCUGGAAGCUUUUCGGUCGUUUUAUAACACGUAUUCUCGUGGAUAUAUCGACAUACAACAUGGGCGACUCUAAUUUGAACAACUCCAAUGUGAAGGUGGCGGUUCGUGUCCGGCCCAUGAACCGGAGAGAAAAGGAUCUGAACACAAAAUGUGUUGUGGAAAUGGAGGCGAAUCAAACAUUUCUGUACCCGGCAAACCUGGGAAAAGAUUCCAGUACAGGUCAAGAUGUAGUGUUUCAGUGCCUUGGGGAGAGCCUUUUGCACAAUGCUUUUCAGGGUUACAACGCCUGUAUCUUUGCUUAUGGGCAGACUGGCUCUGGAAAGUCAUACACCAUGAUGGGUUCGGUGGACCAGCCUGGUUUGAUCCCCAGACUCUGCAGUUCUCUGUUUGACCGGACCAUACAACACCAGCGAGAGGAAGAGAGCUUCACCGUAGAAGUCUCUUUUAUGGAAAUCUACAACGAGAAAGUUCGGGACCUUUUGGACCCCAAAGGGAGUCGACAUGCCUUGAGAGUGAGAGAACAUAAAGUUUUGGGGCCUUAUGUUGAUGGUCUGUCCAGACUUGCGGUUGAAAGUUACAAGGACAUAGAGUCCUUGAUGUCUGAGGGGAAUAAAUCCCGCACUGUGGCGGCCACCAAUAUGAAUGAGGAGAGCAGUCGCUCCCAUGCGGUUUUCAAUAUCAUCCUCACGCACACGCUGAAGGACCUGCAUUCAGGGACAAGUGGGGAAAAGGUGAGUAAGCUGAGUUUGGUGGACCUGGCAGGAAGUGAGAGAGCUGCAAAGACGGGCGCUGCAGGCGAGCGGCUCAAGGAAGGCAGCAACAUCAACAAGUCUUUAACCACUCUGGGUUUGGUGAUCUCAGCUCUGGCAGACCAGGGUGCUGGAAAGAACAAGAACAAGUUUGUGCCCUACAGAGAUUCAGUGCUGACAUGGCUGCUCAAGGACAGUCUGGGUGGAAACAGUCGAACUGCCAUGGUUGCCACCGUGAGCCCUGCGGCCGAUAAUUACGAUGAGACGCUGUCAACGUUACGCUAUGCGGACCGAGCAAAGAGCAUCGUCAACCACGCCGUGGUCAACGAAGACCCUAACGCCAGGAUCAUCCGGGAACUCCGAGAGGAGGUGGAGAAACUGCGAGAUCAGCUGACGCAGGCUGAGUCUAUGAAGGCACCAGAGCUGAAGGAUAGACUGGAGGAGUCUGAAAAAUUGAUACAGGAGAUGACUGUCACCUGGGAAGAGAAGCUGAGGAAGACUGAGGAAAUUGCUCAAGAAAGACAAAAACAGCUGGAAAGCCUUGGCAUCUCUCUUCAAUCUUCUGGUAUAAAGGUUGGAGAAGACAAGUGCUUCCUGGUCAAUCUCAAUGCUGACCCUGCCCUUAAUGAACUACUGGUUUAUUAUCUAAAGGAACACACUAAGGUUGGAUCAGCAGAUUCCCAGGACAUCCAGCUGUGUGGAAUGGGCAUCCAAGCAGAGCAUUGUGUCAUUAACAUCACACCUGAGGGAGCUGUCUUUCUCAACCCCUACAGAAACUCAAGAACAUGUGUGAACGGAUCUCCAGUCACCAGCCGGCAACAGCUUCACCAUGGUGACCGUAUUUUUUGGGGAAACAAUCACUUUUUCAGAAUAAACCUACCGAAGCGGCGCUUAAGGAGUGAGGAAGAGGAGGGUGAAGGAGGGAGCAUGAAGAACAGUAACAGCAGUGAGCAGCUGGACGGAGAGGGAGAUACUGCCAGCGAGGUGUCCAGUGAGGUCAGCUUCAGCUACGAGUUUGCUCAGACUGAAGUCAUGAUGAAGGCUUUGGGCAGCAACGACCCAAUGCAGGCUGUUUUACAAUCUCUGGAGCGUCAACACGAAGAGGAAAAAAAGACCGCUCUGGAGCGUCAGCGGCUGAUGUAUGAGCAGGAGCUGCAGCAGCUGCGCAGACAGCUGACUCCAGACAGGCAGAGCAUGCAAAUACCGCAGUCGCAGCCCUUGCAGCCGCACUACCGCAGCUUGGAGAGACUGAGCCAGGGAGGAAUGUCAUCAUCACCCAACGCCCAGCACCGCCUGCGCCAGUGGAGUGAGGAGAGGGAGGUGGUGCUGACACGGAGCUUGCGGAAACUGAGGGAGCAGAUCGUACGGGCUAAUCUGCUAGUGCAGGAGGCGAGCUUCAUCGCCGAAGAGCUGGACAAAAGAACUGAGUACAGAGUUACUCUACAGAUCCCUGCUGCAAACCUCAAUGCCAACAGGAAGCGCGAUGCUGUCCUGAGUGAACCUGCCAUUCAAGUGAGGAGGAAAGGCAAAGGGAAGCAAAUCUGGGCCCUUGAGAAGAUGGAAAACCGGCUGGUGGAUAUGAGAGACCUUUACCAAGAGUGGAAGGACUUUGACGAGGACAACCCCGUGAUGCGCUCGUACUUCAAGAGAGCCGACCCUUUCUUCGACGAGCAGGUGAACCACAGUUUAAUCGGGGUGGCCAACGUUUUCCUCUCCUGCCUGUUCUAUGACGUAAAGCUACAAUAUGCAGUUCCCAUCAUCAAUCAGAAAGGAGAGGUUGCCGGGCGACUGCAUGUGGAGGUAAUGAGGAUGGGCGGAGGGUUUGAUGAUGGUGUAGCUGGAGGAGAUGACAGUGAUGGAAGCCCGGAUGGAGAUGUACAGGAACGCAAGCUGGUCUGUAUGAUUAAGAUCCUGCAGGCUACAGGUCUCCCACAGUACCUGUCCAAUUUUGUCUUCUGUCAGUACUCUUUCUGGGACCAAGCAGAGCCUGUUAUUGUUGCCCCGGAAGUAGAUCCGUCUGCCUCCUUCUCUAGCAGUAAAGACCCCCACUGCAUGGUGGUGUUUGACAGCUGUAAGGAACAUGCCGUGACUGUAACAGAGGAAUUUAUCGAGUAUCUAACAGAGGGUGCUGUAGCCAUUGAGGUGUUUGGACACAGACAGGCUGAUCCAGGCAGGAACCCUGCGCUGUGGGAUCUCAGCAUCAUCCAGGCCAAAACACGCACAUUACGUGACAGGUGGAGUGAGGUAACCCGCAAGUUGGAGAUGUGGGUACAGAUUCUGGAGUUGAACGAGAACGGAGAGUACAUUCCCGUGGAGGUGGUGCCAGCGCGAGAUAUUCGCACGGGUGGCAUCUUCCAGCUCAAACAGGGCCAGUCUCGCCGGGUUCAAGUGGAGGUACGUUCAGUGCAGGACUCCGGCACGAUGCCUUUGAUAUCAGAGAUCAUCCUGGGAGUGUCCAUUGGCUGUGUGGAGAUCAGACAGGUCCGGAUGACCAAAAACAAUGAGCCACAAGAGCCUGAGGGUGAUGAAAUGGACAGUUAUCAGGAGCGUGAUUUAGAGCGUCUGCGGCGUCAGUGGCUCACCGCUCUCACUAAGAGACAAGAAUAUCUGGACCAACAUCUUCAGACCUUGGUCAGCAAAACAGAUAAGUCUGAAGAUGACGUGGAGAGGGAGGCCCAGCUGCUUGAGUGGCGUCUGACGCUCACGGAGGAGAGAAAUGCAGUGAUGGUGCCCUCUGCUGGCAGUGGAAUACCAGGAGCUCCUGCUGAGUGGGUACCAGUACCUGGGAUGGAAACUCACAUUCCAGUGCUCUUCCUCGACUUGAGCGCUGAUGACUUCAACUCUCAGGAGAACCUAGACGUUCCCGAGGCAGGCGGCUGGGACGCUAUGCUCAGCUCAGAAGAUGAGGAUGAAUUUUUUGACCUUCAGAUCGUCAAACACUAUGAUGGAGAGAUGAAAGCCGAAGCCUCUUGGGACUCCACGGUUCAUGAAUGUCCACAGCUGAGUCGAGGGGCCGCCCCAGAUCAGAGAGUAUACUUGAUCGUUCGCACCGUGGUACAGCUCAGCCACCCUGCAGAGAUGCAGCUAGUCCUGCGCAAACGCAUCUGUGUGAACCUCACUGGACGACAGGGUUUUGCCCAAAAUUUCUUGAGAAGAAUGUCCACCAGGAGCACAAUUCCCGGCUGUGGUGUGACCUUUGAGGUUGUCUCCAACAUCCCAGGGGACAGUCAGAGCUCAGAGGACAGGGAGAUGCUGGCCCGUGUGGCCACCAGCGCUGAGAACGCCAAAUCCUUAGACAAUGAAGCUGCCACAGAGAAGUACCUACGGAGCGUCCUGGCCGUGGAGAACAUCCUCACACUGGACCGUCUGAGACAGGAGGUGGCUGUGAAGGAGCAUUUGGCAGGUAAAGGCAAGGGCAGCAGACGCAGUCUCAGCUCUCCCAGUGUGCACCGGUUAUCUGGAAGCAGACAGGAUCUGUCACUAAACUCAGUGCUGGAUGACAACAAGAAUCGAUGGGAGAGUCAGCAGGAUAUCUUCGGUACAUCCUCCCAGUUUAGCAAAACACUGCCACGACCAUCCAGACCUCCUACACCUCCUACACAGAAUCAGGAUCCUGAGCAAGUCAAGGCCCUGGUUCCUCAGAUGCCCAAGCUGCUCAAGUCCCUGUUUCCCGUGCGUGAAGACAAGAAAGAUUUGAGACCCUCUCCACAGUCACAACAGCAUAUGCCACGAAUAAUGACGCAAACAGCCAACAACCCUGAUGAAGGAAGAGUAAGAAUAGAACCAGUCGCAGUAAUGGGGAAGAGUUCUGCUUCAGACAGGCACUCAGAUGCUCCUGAUGCCCCAUCCUUUCUGCAUGAUCCGCAUGACCUGCCCCUGAGCCCCAUCAGCGAGGCCUCCAGUGGCUAUUUCUCUACUAGUGUCUCCACUGCUACCCUUUCCGAUGUCUCCAUUGCUUGCGGGGACCUUACGCCUACUCCCAAUACCCAAACUGGCCCAGUAGCAUCCAGGCAAAGAGGAGACGACACUGAAGACUGUCUACCCACCUCUAAUGUCUCUGCUUCUGCAGAAGCUGGGCUAAGCUCUGACAGGCAUAGAAAAGACGAAGAUAACCACAGGAAUGGCGUCUCCACCUCCCAGCAGGAAGUGCAGCUAAACGCAAACCUUCCCCUGGUGACGAGUACCUCCAUAGACAACCCUUUCUCCCUCCAGAAGGUCAAAGCCAAUGAACUCCGGUCUUUCAGCAACAUUCUUGGAGACGGUAGCGGGAAAACAACCACAAUGCAGUCGCAACAAACUAACAGCCUGGAAAAGCUGGAGAUAACUUUUGAGGAUGUAGAGCCCAAGGAACUUGCUUGGCUUAAGGUGGGAGGGAGAGUCACUGUAGGAACCAGUAAGUCUGGCACGGUCCGCUACAUUGGGCCAACACACUUCUCUGAGGGCGUCUGGGUUGGUGUUGAACUGGACACUCCCUCAGGUAAGAACGAUGGUUCCAUUGAGGGCCAGCAGUACUUCCGAUGCAACCCCGGUUACGGGGUGCUAGUCCGUCCAGAUCGGCUGACUCGAAGGGAAGCUUCCAAAAGACACACCGAAAAUCGCCGCAGCGGAGAGUUUAGUCAGCAACUGAGGGGAGGAGCCGGCACUGCCAUUCAAAAAGGAGAGAAUCGCAAAUCUUGGACCAGCUAAUUGACAAUGAGCUGAGCAGGACUGAACCUCCACAGCUGAGCUACACUUCCAACAUCGCAAUCUAAUGGGGGAGGUCACCUCUAUCCAUCAGUGUUCUUGGGCUUUGCAUGGAGAGGUGGUACAACAUUCCCUUACAAACUUCUCUAUCAUUUUCGGUGCUAUGCUAAUGUGUAGCAUGUGGGAGUGCUAUGAAUUUUAAUAAGCUGCUUCAGCUCCAGGUAUGUUCUUUGGGAUUUGUUGGUUUGGUAACUCAAACAAGCCUCCUUGAGUUGACUAUAAAUGAAUCUUCCAGGUCUUUGGGAUCAACCCAUCAAUCUUGUUUGUGCCCUGGUUUUAUCAAGAGUCCAUUUUUGGACUUGAUACUGCAGAUUAUGCUUGAUUUAUCUUCUUUGCGCAGUCAGUAAUCGAUUUGUAGUUUCCUGAAUGUGCCUGUUUAAGUCAACCCAUUUUUUUUGUUUGUCAUACCUCAUUGCACCUUUGUGACACUAGUUAAAACGUGGUAAAUGGUAUGGUAGACGUGUAAGAGAUUAUCUCAGGGAUUCGAUCAGACUUAAUGGAUAUUUGUUAAUCUCUUAGCCGGUGGUUGCAUGUAUUUCAAGGUGAGUGUUGCCCUGAGCAGGUCAAUGCAGGUAAUUGAUGUCAGCACUACUAUUACUGUCCAAUUGGCCAUUGAUUGGAUGACUAAAUUCACAAGAUUGAAUAUUUUAUUUGGUUUGGUGCCAUUUGAAGGUGUGCCUAUCAGUAUUUAAGGGGGAAACUACCCGCUUGGUCUGUAUCCUUGAUUGCACAUGGAGGGUUUUUAGACUUGACUGAAUUGGCACAUUCAGGCUUAAUGAACUGGCCUAAUUAUUCUCUCUCUUAAUGGUUUUAAGGAUUGGACUGGGGGGGGAAAAGUAUUUUAGAGGGCUUAUUUACAAUCUGAUGGGUUAGCGCACAUUUUAGUAAGCAGCCUUUUAAUUGGAACUGGGUUAUUGAAACUACUUCAACACACAAAUACUUUGUGCUGCAAUUUAGUGACAAUUAAAUGUAGCUCCAUUUGAUUGGUUUCUAAAGGACUGUCUUCCACAAUAAGGUCACGGUAAAAGCACAUUCCAGUUUUGUGUAUUGGACCAACUUUGUCCCUGGCAAUACCUACAUCUUAUUUAUUCAAAAUAAAAAGAUCUAAAAGUGAUUUCAUUAAAUAUUUUUAGCAUACUGUAUAAGCCAAGUUGGCACAUUUAUAUCAUUUUAAUUAGGAGCAUGGUUCCACACAGAUAUGAUACUUUUGUCUCCACAUCGUGAUGGAGAGAAAAGACGUGUUAUUUCGUUCCUUUUAUAUUCUAUUUUCGUGGAAAUCCUCUUGUGAUUUCUGAAGUCAAAUGCAAUAUCAAAUGAUUAAAAAAAUAUAUUUUAAUGGUUGUAGGUAUGUAUAUUGAAUUUAUAAAGUGUAAAAAUCCAAUGAAUGGGAAAUUAAUUUGCACAUUUGAUUUAUAUUAGAUAGCUUAUGUGCCCAAAGGGUACUUAGUUUUGUUGUAAAUUAACUUAAACUAACCAAUUAUCCACUGUAAAUCUGCUUUUCACUGGAUUUGGUGCUCUAAAGUCAAAAGCAUAUCAAAAUUUAGAUGAGAUGAUUUUUCCAGAGUUUCAAGUUGCCUUUAAUUUGUUUUCCUGUUGAGUGAUGUCUUGAUGUUUGUGUUUUGUCAUAAAAAAAUGGGUUUAGAUCUUCCCAUUUUUUAUUUAUUAUUAUAUUUUUUUUCAUGUGUCUUGAUUUGUGCCUCAUUCAUCAUGAGAAAAAACAUGCACAUAUGGAGCAAGACUGUUGCUGUGAUUAUCAACCACACAUUAGCAACUAGUCAUUCUUGAGUAUUAAAUUAAAGGUUAUACAACAACAGAUUGUUUGCCUUUGGAGUGACAAUUCUCAACUAAGUUUAUUUUAAUACAUUUUCUGUUUUAGCAAUAACAAUUUGAUGGUUCUUUGGUUUGAACCUAAUAUUUGUUCCUUGUCACUAGAAAGGAGAAAUGAACUUAUUGUUGAAUCUCAAUGAGCUGAUCUCCUUUCACGGCCCCACAUUUCAAUCAUAGAAACUUUCAUCUUGGUGUAUGCUGGUGUAAUAGGUGAUAGUUUUAUUUUCAAGUGCAAUUUUUCCAUUUUUUUAAACAUUUGUAUCAUUUAAAAGGCUAAAUGCAUUCUACAUCCAUUCUAGUUAAAGUACGUCUUCAUUAGCAAUGACACCUUGAUCUUUUAUAAAGUGGCAUAGAUCCGAGCAACCACACAGUGGCCUUUUGAAGUCAAAUACUAAAUACAGUUGUGGAUAAUCAUGCUCUCCUCCUGUUUGAAACCCUUCCCAUUGAUGGCACCCAGAGAAAAUGGGUUUGAAGGAAACUUUGGGCCCUGCUGUUAACACAGAUGUCAGACGAAGCGCUUGGCAGGAAGUUGCUGCUCUACUUUUGUAGCCCCUCCCCUCUCUUCCUCCUCCUCUCCCCUCUUUUUGAUCAGUGAGUGUACGGCUCCAUCUUUCACCACUAGUCUCUGUGCCUCGUCCUGAGGUUUAAUGAUUUUAUGUCAUGAACGUUGUAAAUGGAGCUUUUGUCCCUGAGUAUGUGUGUUUUGUAUAUAGUUGCAUCUUGAGAGUUCAAUCUGAGCACAAGGCUGGGUUUGAUUAAUUUAAUUAUCUGCAAUUAUAUGCUGAUAUCCAAAGAAUAAUCAUGUAUAAUAAUUCAUUUAUAAUUUCUUUUAUAUUGACUGUACAAUAAUCUGGCUGUAAAGGUAAAAAUAAAAAGUGAAUUGAUUUACACGUCUUA